UAAAGCAAUGGUGCCUGGGAAGUCAAAGCUUAUUGCAUCAAGGAACACUAAAAAAUAGCUAGCUAGCUAAAUAGCCUACACGAAAGAAAGAAAACUGCUAGUUAUAAGCAAUCACAACAACAACAAAAAAGAAUCUAGAGAUGGAUUCUUUAAAGGUUUACGACGGCGUGCAGCCUUGGACUCCCGAGGAGAUCCAAGCAAUGCUGUCCAUUUGGGCGGAUUCCACCGUCCAAAAAGAGCUCGAAUCGUCUGUGCGGAACGAAAAGGUAUUUUUGCGGAUCUCCUCCGAACUGGCUGCGGUGGGAUUUCUUCGCAGUGCAAAGCAGUGCCGUGAAAAAGUAAAGAAACUAAAACAAGAAUACAGGAAACUCAAAGAACACAACAGUCGAGGCGGUCCGGACCGAAAAGGGGGGAAAUGGUUUAAUAUUAUGGAUUCCGUACUGGGCAAUGCUAGACCUGCAACAUCGGGGGGUGGCGUGUUGAACUCCGCUAUGUCGAUUCUGGAGGCCAUGUCGUCUCCGUCUCCAACCUCGGAGGAUUCAGCGUUGACUUGUGACGAACCCAUAGUAGAAGUCCAAAUCCUUAGUGAAGAACAACAGCCAGUCAUGCAAGCAGCACCCGAAGUAAGGCCCCGUUCGCCUCCACCAAUCAUCACAAGGCCCCACCAAGCAGUCAAAAGGAAAAGAGCCUCAUGCUCAAGCGACGAAUGGAAGAAAAUAAUUCUGGAGUCAGAUGAGCAGUACGUGGGAGUGCUCCACAAAAUGCUGGAGAGCGAAACACAGCACAGGAAAGAUGAGCUGCUGCUCAAGAGGGAGGAGAUCCAGCUCAAGAGGGCGGACGCGCAGCAGACGAGGGACGAGGCCAGCACCUCCGCGGCCAUCCAGGGACAGCUAGUCAGUGUUCUGGGGCAGAUAGCCGAGCUGUUCAGAGCCAAGCAGGCGGCGCUGCACGCGCGCGUGUCGCAGGGGAGGGGCGGCCCGUCCUCCGCAGCCUUACAGGCUGCUCCCCUGGAGAGGGAGACCAGGAGGGAGCGGCAGCAGGGUGACGUGGAUAUGGCGGCAAGUCAACACCCGGCUCCUGCAGCAGGAUCCCAUGAAGGGGCUAUCAGAGAGACGCAACACAUAAUAAAAACCGAGUCAGAGGAGUCUGUUGUUGGCCAACAGAGGACUGAUACAGUGCCUUUGCAUUUGGAACCCAUCCCCAUGCCGUAUGAGGAAGGCCAAGCUCACAGUACUACACAGGACGCUGCAGCGGUCACCAUACAGCAAGACCUCCUGGCUGCCCAGCAAGAGCAGUGUCGCCUGAUGGCGGAAAACAACCGCAUCCAGCGGACGCUUGUUCGGGCGGUAUCCCGCAGCAACAGGUGCAUGAGCGACCUGGCAAAGAGCAUCAGGGCUCAGACUGCUGUCGCUGCCAGUGUCCAGGACAGGAUUGUACAGUUAUUGGAGAGGCAGGAAUGGACCAAUCAGCUGCUCACUAUGAAGGUGAUGGGCGUCUCGUCUGCACCAUCAGACCACCCACAGGAGGCGAGGGGAGAGGCUGCCCGGCCCAGCACUGCACCCCAGUCUGUGUGUUUGGGCAGGGCCUCCGGCAAGGAGGCCACGGAACUCUCCUCUACUUCUGCAGCCUCAGAUCAGUAACACACAUUUGUUGCUAGCAAAUUGCUACUUCAUUUUUAAUUCCCAUUUACUGUACUCCUUUUGCAUACAUUCCUCUAAUAUCAUUUUAUGUUUAAAUUAGUUAGUUUUGGUAGGGAAGAUAAGUUGUUUCGUAAAAGUGGAACGAGAUGUAAGAUAUCAGGGGUGCCACAUCUGCAACCCUCCAGUUCUUCAUGUGUGCCCCCUGAUGUGAGAGUGAAAGAAAAAAGAUUACAUCUGUUAUGAAUUACACCAAUGCUGUAAUUAAAAAUGUCAUUGUCUUGCAAAGUAUGUACACUUGUUAUAGUGUACACAAACUUGAGGGCUCUUUGGCAAGCAGUUUAUGGCUGUGAUUUCCCCACAAGCCUAAAACAACUAAGUAGCCAUUGGUAGAUGGCUAAGAAGCCAUCACCUUCUUUUAAUGUCCUCUUGUGUAACAUUAAGAUUUUAUAAACAUAUUAACACAGAUAACAUUUUGGCAGUUCUCAGUGCAAUUAAUUAAUUGGAUAUAAAACACUGAAAAAUGUUGUAUUGCAGUACUUUGACAAUGACAGGCUCAUUCUCAAGACUGUUAGUACUACAUUAUAGUACACCCCAGUACUAUAAUGAAGACCCUCACACUUUCCCAGCCUCUGUAAGAAGCCCCCCCCCCCCAGUUAUUGGUUUCUUAUUACUCAACUUCUUGUUAUCUGGUUUGCAGAAUGCUGCUUGGUAUUCAAAGGUACACACUGUUUAAAAGGUGGUAUUAAAUUUUGCAGCCAUUAAAUGAUUUGAUAAAAUAGUCUGUUUCAUAAGUGCUCACUACAGCUACUCGCUACAAGCCAGCUACUUGUAUCUAAGCAAUGAUACAUGGCAACAGUAGCUGCUACUAGAUUUCUUUUUAAUCUUGUAUCUUGUCUUGCUACAUGUAUCUUGGAAGCAGAGGUCCUGUAUUUAGUACAGGUUGUUUGGUAUUCAGCUAGCAGUCCUUAUUUUUUAUGUAGGUUAAAGUUAAAUGUUAUCUGAUUUACAUUUGGCAAAUUAUCUAUGUUUUAGAUGGUCAGUGCCAAGGUUCCAUCUGUUAGCCCAGAUAGUUUGGAGUUGACUGUAUUUGGGGGGAAAAAGAAUCAAUUUAAAUGUUGACGUGGUUUCUAUAAAUUCUAAAAUAAAACCCAUGCAGCCAGCAGAUUAAUUGUUCUUCACAUUUGUGUACUACAAGAAUAAGCUAAUAAAAUGGAAUGGACCGGUGGUUUUAUAUAUGGUUUGUUCCUAACUUGGUAAGGUUUAUAUGGAACUCUUGAUGAUGUGAUAAUUUUAUAAUAUAAGAGACAAACAGAUCAA